UAUAGCAGGUGUGUCCUAGACUGAGGGUACGGUUCAAACACUUAGUGUCGUCAGCAGUGGAAGCUAACUACAUGAGUAGCAGUGACCUUCUCUCUUUGCUACCGGAUAAUGUGGAGGCGUCUGCCCGAAUGACAAGUUAACGUCUUCUUCAUUUUGGACUUCGAAGGCUUCCAGAGCUCACACGUUUUAAACAAAGUUAAGCAGAAUUGUGCUAGAAGAUGGAUACCCAGGAAGAAUCAAAGAGUUGUUCAGUCAGCGUCCUGUCCUGGGAGCAGGUGAGCCGGCUGAAUGAAGUUCUUACCGAUGUCGUUCCCGUUCACGGACGUGGGAACUUUCCGACUUUAGAGGUACGACUCAAAGACAUUGUGGCUUGGGUGCGCUCCCGUCUGGAGCUAAGUGGCAUUAGAGUAAAAGACAUACGUUUAAAUGGCUCCACUGCCAGUCAUGCGCUGGUGCAGGACAUUGGCUGGAACUACAAAGAUCUGGACAUCAUUUUCAGGGUGGACCUACCCCAUGAGACUGAGUUCAGGGUGAUUAAGGAUGUGGUGCUCGGAACCCUGCUGGACUUUCUGCCCGAGUGUGUGAACAAAGAGAAAAUUACACCCAUGACUCUUAAAGAGGCUUAUGUCCAGAAGCUGGUUAAGGUCAACACAGAGCAGGACCGCUGGAGCCUCAUCUCCCUUUCCAACAACAACGGCCGCAAUGUGGAGCUUAAGUUUGUGGACUCAAUACGGCGGCAGUUUGAGUUCAGUGUGGACUCCUUUCAAAUCAUGCUGGACUCCAUGCUCUCAUACUAUGACCUAGCACAGGCCCCCAUGUCACAAGCCUUUCACCCUACUGUAUAUGGGGAGAGCAUGUACGGGGACUUUAAGGUGGCCUUGGGUCAUCUGCGGAACAAGCUCAUUGCCACCAAGCGGCCCGAAGAGAUACGAGGUGGUGGCCUGCUGAAAUACUGCAACCUACUUGUGCGGGACUUCCGCCCUGCCAGUGAGGAAGAAUUUAAAGGCCUGGAACGCUACAUGUGCUCCCGCUUCUUCAUCGAUUUCCCCGACAUUGGUGAGCAGCAGCGCAAGGUGGAAGCCUACCUACAGAGCCACUUCAUUGGUGAGGAAAAGAGCAAGUAUGACUACCUCAUGAUCCUGCGGCGUGUCAUCAAUGAGAGCACGGUGUGCCUGAUGGGCCAUGAACGACGGCAGACCCUUCAUCUCAUUUCUCUAAUGGCCUUCCGGGUUCUGGCAGAGCAGAACGCCAUCCCAGACGCUUCAUGUGUCACCUGCUACUAUCAGCCGGCGCCUUAUGUCCGUGACCACAACUUCAGCAACUACUAUGUGGCCUACCAGAACAUUCCAACAUGGCUGCCGUGUAACUGACAAAACAAACAAAGAGAUAGGAUGUAGAAUAGGGCACUGUCGCUGCUGCUUCUGAGAAGAAGAAAAAGAAAAGAAAGGGGGGAGGGGCUUAAAAAAUUAUAGAGGCAAUAAUGCUAUGUUUUCUCUCAAGGCACAAUUAUAUUUAAGUGGACAAGUGUUUUGCUUUGUUUUUGCAAUCCUUUCUCAUUCCUUAUCUACAGACAUGUUUGGGUCAUUGAAAAGAAAGUGAUAUUUUAAGUGUUCUUUAGAUUUGUUUCUUGUGUUGUUUGGUUGUUUUCCUGUACUUUAAGCUUAUUCUACAGUUGGAAGUUCAGUUUUGUGCCUUACCUUUUUGGAAGGUUUAUCCCUCAGUAAUUUAAGUAUGGGCUAUUUUUUUUUGUGGAAAGGCAGUUUAAGAAGAAAUGUUGUAACCCUAAGUAAUUGGAGUUAAAGAAAAUCAUGAAAAGGUUAGGAAAAAAAAAAAUUAAAAUACAUCUAAAAACUGUGAUUGAGAAAGGGAUAACGUGAAAUGUUACAACCCCCCAAAAAAAGUAGAGCACUGGUGUUAAAACAUUUGGUCACUGCGGAGGGACUAGUGGUGGUACAAUUUUGGUCACAUCAGUAAUUUAAGGAAAAAUAAAAAUAUUAUUUUAAGUUCUUUUGACGUGUAAAUAGCGCUUACACAGACAGACUGCUCUCCGUGAUAUCCCAGCAGUGCCUGUAAACUGUGCGUUUUUUAUGUUUUCACUGUGAAUAUAAGUUGAGGACGAGCCCCCCUCCUCUAUAUUUUCCCUGUGUACUGUGUCCUGCAUGUUUCAGCCCUGACUGGUUUUGAGACAAACUUUCAGGUAGACACUUCAAGCCUCGUGCAGACGAACUUCCUAUGUAGAUGUGUGGUUAAAGCCUUGCUGACCCUCAGAGGUGCCUGGCUAUUGCGGCAAGUCUGAGUGACUUUGGCCCUGCAGUGAGAACCAGGCUGCCUUGAGCGAAAGCUGACUGGGAGUCCUCGAGUGUCAGGCCCACAAGCUGUCCCUUCCCUUAUAAGGAGCAGCACAUGGUGGGGACCACUUGGUCGUCCCUCACAACCAUUGCAGGCUUGACAGCAGCCCUGAAAUGGGAUCCUCCUCUGACGCAGCUUUCAAACUUACAGGCCUAACUAUAAUUAUCCUUUUUUUUUUUUUUUUUUUUUUUUUUUGGAGGAGGUCCCUUCAGUUAGGAACCAGGGAUGGUUGUGUGUGGAGCAGCAGCAGUAACAGCAGCCUUUUUCUUAAGUGCAUGCUGGGAUCAUGCAGUGUUUGAACCCCUUUUGUGGUCAUGGCAGGAUAAGACAUCUCACAGUUUUACUGGUAUGCUGGGAGAAACGCCUGCAUGUCUUACUGAGAGAAAAGUGGGUGCCUGUGCCAGCCCCCCCCCCCCCCCCCCCCC